AUGUAGUAAGUCCACAUGUCUUUUUUAAUCUAAUAAUAAUUCAAAAAUAAUACUGGUUUAAAAUAUUUUAAUAAACCAGUCAAAGUGAUUACGUAGUAUGUCAUUUUAUAUAUAUAUAUCUUUUUCUCUUCUUUUUCAGAAUUAUUUUAUUAUUACUAUUAUCUUAAUGGAAUAUUAUCAACCAUCACCAUGGUAACUAAUCAAGCAACAAAUUCUACUAUGAAUCUUCCAACUUUGGUUAUUUUAAUUAAAAAUAUUUGUAUUCCUUUUUAUUUAUUAAUAUUAAUAUUUGGUUUAUUUGGUAAUGGAUUAACAGUUGCUAUAUUACAAUCAAAACGUUUACAACAAUCUAGUACAUUAAUUUAUUUAACUGUAUUAGCUAUUGUUGAUAUAUUCUAUUUACUUACUGGUUUAUUAGUCACUAUAAUUAACUAUACAUUUUUAUUUCCAAGUGAUAUUAGACAUUAUUCAUUAAUUUCAUGUAUUUUAACACCAUAUUUAAGUUAUACAUUAGCUUAUUUAAGUGUAUGGUUAUUAGUUUCAGUAACUAUUGAUCGAGCAAUUUGGGUUGUACAACCAUUUAGUGCAAAACGUGUAUGUACAACACGUAAUGCAUGGUUAACUAUAUUUAGUAUAACAAUUAUUUUAUUUGUAUUUGAUUCACAUUUCUUUUGGACAAUGAAUUAUAAUAUUGAUUCAAUUAAUUCUACAAGUAAUACUACUUAUUAUAAAUGUACACCGAGUUAUUUUACACAAACUAUAUUUCCAUAUAUUGAUUUAUUAUUAGUAUGUGUGAUUCCAUGUUUAUUUAUGCUGAUAGCUAAUGGAUUAAUUGGAAUACAAUUAAAACGAAUGAGUGAUUUUAAUAAAAAACGACAAAAGAAUCGUUUAAUUUUAAAUCAUGCUUCAAUUCAACAACAACAACAACAACCAACACAAGGAUCAUUAAAGUGUGCAUACAUUUUGACAUCAGGCAAAUUAACAAAUGACUCUCGUUUAAAUGAUGACUUGUCAACAAAUGUCAGUGGUACACAAUAUCCUAGAAAACGAUGUAAAUCAAAUGCAUUGAAACAUUGUGUUAAGAAUUCUAUUAAAGGUCGUUCAAAUAUGAAUAGGUCUUCAUCAUUGACAGCAAUGUUACUAGCAAUUAAUAUGUUUUUUAUGAUAAGUGUAUGUCCACUUCUUGUUUAUGAUGUAAUAUAUUUUGCGUUUAAUUUAAAUACAUGGAUUGAAAAAGAUGAAUUAAUCAGAGGUGUAUUAGUUUUCGGUAUUGAACGAUUUGUUUAUGUUUUAUGGUAUACUAAUUUUGCUGUACACUUUUUAUUAUAUUGUCUAAGUGGUCCACAGUUUAGAGCACAAGCAAAACAUUGGCUUCAGUCAUGUUGUCAUUUUAUGAAUUUACCUUGUUUAGUUAAUGAUAAAACAACAGUAAAACUACAGGAUACAACAAAAAUUCAUGAAUUUCAUGAUUCCACUAUAAGAAAACCAAUUUCACAACAAAAUUUAAGUAUAAAUUAUUGUCCAUCACCUAAACAAUCUUAUGAUGAUACAAUUAAACGAUCUUCAUAUCAUCAUUAUCCACAACAAGGUCAUCAAUCUUUAUUUGUACAAAUUAAUGAUGAAAAUCAUCAAACAUUUAGAUAUAAUUCUGUUCAAUCUGGUUGUAUUUAACAAAUACAUGCAAAUAUUUCAACGAUAAAAAAUCUACUUUACCAUAAAUAUUUUUGUUUAAAAUAACUCGAAAUAUUAUUAUUAUUAUCUCAAAUCAUUUGAAUCUUUUAUUGGAUUAAAAUUUAACCACCCGGAUUGAUAAGGUUUAUUUAAUGAUCCAUUAGUUAUUAUCAAAUAUUCAGUCAAUCAAUCAAUCAAUCAAUCAAUUAAUCUAACUAGAUAUAUCUAUGACUAACAUGGGGUAAACAAUAAAGACAUAACAACAAAAACAACAACGACGACGACAGCAACAACAGAAGAACAGAGAAUAACAACGUUAUCGUGAAUCAGUGUGGAAAAUAAAAAAAUAUAUAUCUAUAAUAAAUAAAUGAAUAUAUAUUUGCAAUGGAAAUGAAUAAGUAAGAGAUGAAGUAGACUUUUUUUGUCAUAUAUACAACUAUUCUUUUUUUUAAACAGAAAAAUGUUAAUGCUGUACAUAAUUAUAUAUUCUAUUGAAAUAAUGUUUUGCUGUUAAUUUGGUUGUUGCAAAACAUAAUGUGAUACUAUUGGAUUGUUGAUUUUCUUUCUUUUUCUUGUGCAU